GCAUUGCGGGCCCUGUUGUACAUGUACAUUUUCCAUGCCUUUUUAAAAAGGAAAUUUUUCCUGCUGUCAUUGCUUUUCUUACAGUUGGGUGACAAAUACGGCUUGAACCCCGUAAAGUUGGCGGAAAAAAAGUAUGCUGCUGAUCAGUUUGAUGUUCGCUUUGAAGGCACAAACCUAGUUGAGUUGAUUCUUUCCCUCUUUCCUCUUUUCUUCUUUUACUUUUUAAAAUGAUGGUAAAUACUGUCGUUAAUAAUUCAAUCACCUUGAAUAGUAGCAAGCGAAACAGUGUAUUUACUGAUUUUCUGAAACUAAAAUGGAGAAGUUCGAAAGAACCUAAAAUAAAUCUAAGGCAACGAUUGCCGAAUACAGUGGAUGAUAUAGAAAGGGACUGGGUAAAACACAAUGCUUUGAGGACGGCGUUUGAAGGAGAUUUUAAAGCACCUGUGGGAAGAUUGCUUGAAGCAGGAGGAUUAGAAGUACUAGAUAUAGGUACUGGUGCAGGUUUUUGGACAAAUGAAAUGGCAUCACAGUUCCCUUUAUCACAUUUUACAGGCAUUGACUUGGACAAGAAUGUGCUGCCAACAAGCUUAUUGUCGAGAAAUGUAGUCUAUCAAAGAAUCGACCUGAUAGAACUGCCAUUACCAUACGAAAAUGAUUCAUUUGACUAUAUAUUCAUACGAUCAAUGCUAGAUACGCUUCCGGACUCAAUGUGGGAUAGUAUACUAAAGGAGCUUAUACGGAUAAUGAAAAAGGGCGCAUACAUUGAAUGUGUAGAAGCUUAUGAGAAUCUUUUUGAUGCUGGACCAUCAAUGAGAUUGCUUAACCAACUAAUCCAGCAAAGCCUACAACAUCCUCCACAGUCUCCAACCACUCCUUUAAUAACAAACACAACAAACAAUACCAACGCUAACAAUUGCAUCAGCAGUAGCAGUAACUACAAUACAGAAGAAAGAAAUCCGUGGCCAAAUCGAUUGGCAAAUAUGACUCAGUUGAAAAAUAUGCAUAUAUACCAUACACAUACGCCCAUUGGGAUUCAUGGUCAUACAGUCGGCACGUUACUGCUAGAAUUUUGGGAAAGGACGAUCAAAAGCUUUCAAAGAGAAUGGAUUACGAAUAAACUGAUAACUGAAAAAGACUUAGUGAGCACUAUCAAAUCCAUGCGAAAUGAAGUAGAUGAGUAUAAAACGUAUAUGUCGUGGUAUUCAGUGGUUGCUCAAAAAAAGGGUUACGACGGUCCUAUAUUACGCUUUGAUGACGUUGACGAAUAUGACAGGGUUUAUACAACCAUUAUCGCUUAGUAGCGUCGUACUUUACUACAGAAAAAAAUUUUUUUCAUACACAAUACUAUCAUUAUCAUAUGCACUACUUUUACCCCAUAAUCAUUCGUUCUUCCUGUCAUAUAUACUUGUCUUGACUUUUACCAGAAUUUUUAAGAGAAAGCAUCUUUAAAACGGAAGUUGUGCAUUGCUUUUCAAAUUUAUCUUUCAAAUAAAAUGUUAUACAUAAAUUGCUAUCAGACAAUU